AACCACAAUCUUGAUCUUCCCAAACUUCUAUUUCUGCUCUGCAAUUCUGGAAAAAGCUUCAAUCUUUCUGAAAAUCUAUCAACUGGGUCGUCACCUUCAACUUUUUCUGGGCAUGUGAGAAAACUUCAAAAAUUCACAACCCUAAAAUGCCUGUAUCAACUCGGUCGCAAAGUGAACGGAAACCCAGGUCGGAUCAAGAACAGACCCACUCAAAUCUUCUUCCUCUGCGAAACCCACACCAUGGAUUGAAGGAAAAGAUGAAAGCUUUGACUCUACUCUACGAGCAGCAGAAGCAAGCCUCCGCAGCUCUGCGAAACUCGAAGCCCCCGGACCCGUCGGAGCUCCGACUCGCGACCCAGAAGUGUAGAAAAGAAGAGCACGAGUCGGGGCUCCGACCCGGAAGCCGGGUCGUGAUGAGAGAGAACAACGCGAUGCACAACUCCGCCGUUACAAGAACCUACGUUCUGCCUCUGCCUCCGGCCCAGGCCCAACGACAGGCCCACGACGACGCGAAGGAGAAUGCGGCGGUCGCCGGAACCACCACCGACCGGAUUCUCAGCUUCACUUCGCUUCCAAGAAAGGCCAGGCCCUCGACGACCAGGGUGGCGCGGCGGCUCUCCCUCGGAGGAGGAGGUCAGAUUUCUCAGGUGGCGCCGGAGAUGGAGAAUGUGCGAGAAUUGGAGACGAAAGUCCCAAAUUGUGGGAGCCGGAUUAUGGUGUUUGUGAGGCUUCGGCCGAUGAGCAAGAAGGAGAAGGAGGGGGGUUCUCGGUGCUGUGUGAGGAUCGUGAACCGGCGUGACGUGUACUUGACGGAGUUUGCGAACGAGAACGAUUAUCUGAGGCUGAAGAGGCUGAGGGGUCGCCAUUUCACGUUUGAUGCUUCGUUUCCAGAUUCUACUUCUCAGCAGGAAGUUUAUUCCACCAGUACAGCUGAGCUUGUGGAAGCAGUUCUGCAGGGGAGGAAUGGAUCAGUUUUCUGCUAUGGUGCCACGGGAGCUGGGAAAACGUACACAAUGCUGGGCACUCUGGAGAGUCCGGGAGUGAUGGUUUUGGCGAUCAAGGACCUCUUUACAAAGAUAAGGCAGAGGAGCUGUGAUGGAAAUCAUGUGGUUCAUCUGUCCUAUCUUGAAGUCUAUAAUGAAACUGUCAGGGAUUUGCUCUCCCCCGGACGGCCUCUGGUUCUUAGAGAAGAUAAACAGGGAAUGGUGGCAGCCGGUCUUACACAAUACAGAGCUUAUUCCACCGAUGAAGUUAUGCAAUUGCUUCAGCGGGGAAACCAAAACCGAACUACUGAACCAACUCGCUGUAAUGAAACUUCUUCUCGCUCCCAUGCUAUUUUACAGGUUGUGGUUGAAUACCAGGUAAAAGAUGCUUCUAUGAAUGUGGUCAACAGAGUAGGCAAGCUUUCACUUAUUGAUCUUGCCGGGUCCGAGAGAGCCCUUGCCACGGAUCAGAGAACAGUAAGAUCUAUUGAGGGUGCCAAUAUAAAUCGGUCACUCCUAGCACUGAGCAGCUGCAUCAAUGCUCUCGUGGAGGGAAAGAAGCACAUACCUUAUCGAAAUUCAAAGUUGACCCAACUUCUCAAGGAUUCUCUAGGAGGAGAUUGUAACACUGUAAUGAUUGCCAACAUCAGCCCAUGUAACCUCUCAUUUGGUGAAACCCAAAACACCCUUCACUGGGCUGAUCGAGCAAAGGAAAUUAGGACCAAGGCCUCUGAGGUGAACGAGGAAGUAGUGGAAGUACCUGAAUCUGAAACUGAUCGUGCCAAACUAUUACUUGAACUACAGAAAGAGAACCGUGAACUUCGAGUACAACUGGCACGUCAUCAACAGAAACUAUUAGUUGUCCAAGCACAAUCCUUGGCUGCCAAUGCAUCUCCAACCCCUUCUUCAGCUACCUCUCUCUUGACUCCUCCGUCGUCUGCCCAAGCAAAUGAGAAGAGAAAACCCAGACCAUCUUUCUUGGCUAGGAAUUGUUUCACACCUGAAUCCAAAAGAAGAGGGGCUGAUGAAGGAGUUAGAGAGCUUCAAAAGACAGUAAAAGCAUUAGAAGCAGAAAUAGAAAGGAUGAAGAAGGAUCAUACUUCACAGCUAAAGCAGAAGGAUAAUCUUAUUCGUGAUCUUUCACGGAAAAGUGACCAAACACCAGCACCAGCAGUGGGGAGGGAGGGGACAAAGAGGGUAGUCACAAGGGCUAGCUUGAGACCAAAGGAGCCAAGCACAGGUGAGUUGAAGAGUCCAAGCCAUCGUUUCAGGUCACCAGUCCCAACAGCGAAAAAACGAAGCUUUUGGGACAUAACAACCGCAAAUAGCCCAUCAGUUACUACACACAAUGGAAGGAAAACUAGAAGUCAUGUUAUUUGUGAACCACCUGCUGUUCCCUCCAUGCUUCUCCAGCUUGUCUAUCCAUGUUUCUGCUUUGUGAUAUUUUUUGGACCGCACAUCAUCAUAUACCAGCCAGGUUUUGCACGACAAAAGCCCGAGCGUCUGAAGUAACACAGGAAGGAUGAAGAUGAAGGGAAAGAGAAAAGGACUACUUGGAGUUGUCUGCAAAAUGGAAAGAUUAUGGCAUUCUAGCUAAAGUGGCGGGCUGUUACCUGGUGGAAAUAUUAUUACUGGGUAGGAGCGGGGCUGCUGUUACUUGUAUUUUAUGUCAUGUGCUGCUGUGAUCAAUCAUAUCACAAUGGAGUCUGUGUUCAUCACAUCAUUCUUUCUACAUACUGUUUCUUCUGUAGAGUCAGCAAAACACAGUUCAUUAGUUUAAUAUUUUGUUUCUUCGUCAGAAUAAUGGUUA